AUGCUGGAUAUCAUUGUCGCGUGCUUUCGGGGACUCGGCGUCUCUCCGGUAUCGAGCGCCCUCAUCACGGCCGACGGACUGAUGGAGAGCAAGCGCGGCCUCAACGCUACAUUUGACUUGGAGGAAGUUCAGAGCGAGGAGUUCGGCAUCGAGCACGACUGCAGCUACUCGCGCAAAGACCGCUCGCAGGGCGACCUUAGAGUCCUUGACCCCGCGGCCUGGAACGUCACCCUAAACUCAUUGAGGAAGUGUGGGAAAAUGACGCCCAAGUGCCUCGGCUUGGCUAAGCUCGCCCGCAUUGCGGCGGAGAGGAAACGCAACCCCAGGACCAAGUACGACGAUGAAGCCGCCGCGUAUGGUGCUCUCGAGGUCGGCAUGCUGCUUGGCACUUAUAACCCUGCGCAAAAAGGCACAGAUCUAGCAUUCUACUGCAUCCGGCACUUAUUCCAAAACGAGAGGAUCCCAUACAGAUGCAGGCCGACCGAGGUUACAGCCAAGUUUGAUACCGUUUUGGAUUUCGCCACGGCAUUACUAAAGGAAAACGAGGCGCUGCAGCAUACGAGCGGUGGCCUGGUAUCUACACGCGAGGUACGUCUAUGA